UUUGAAUUGCAUUAUGGGACUUUGAUCGUUCAACCAACUACUUUUGACCUUCAAAAGAUAGAAAAAGUGACUUUUAUUAACAUUUUUAAGAGUUUAAAAGUGAUUUGGGGUUGUAUAUUAAAGUACAAAACAGUGUAAUAAACUGCCAGUACAUUUUCUGUUCCUUCUCUAUACAUCAUUUCUUGUGCAUUAUAUUAUUUCUAACUACUAAAAUGUCAAUAAAAGUCUCUUUGUUAAAAGGUAGAGUUAAAUUUUCAACAUCAAAAGUCAACAGAGCAGAGAUCAACACCCCAUAAUGCACAACCAUAAAUAAAAGGAAAACACAAAAUGUGGAAACUUUUAAUUUAGCAGAUUUUUUUUUUACAAGUAGUUAAUUAACCUUAUAUUAAAUCUAACACACUCUAUUGUUUAGCACACAUCAGUGGUAUGAAAAAGACCCAAUUCAUUCCACCAUCUAGAAAAAGAGCUAUUAAAAAAAAAAAAAAAUGAAAAAAAAAAUUCCUGGUUCCCAAAGAACCAAAUGAGUGAAGUGUCACAGUAACUGCGUGUUAAUAUUUGAAGGUGCAGGUAAAUGUGAGGUCUCAUGGCUGAGGAAAGGUAGAGUCAAAUGGAACGCAUUCAGGCGCUGGAUUGGAACAGACCGACCCCAUGAAACAAAACGCAAAGGUAGGUUCUGAUGGUAGAGUUUCAGGAUUUAUAAACACAAACAGAAGUUGUUUCAUUUUCAUUCUAUUUACCAUCACAGUACCCAAGGUAUCUUCAAUAAGUGCAAGCAAAAAACAUCCAGUAGAUGAGAGUCCUGUGGAUGUCAAGAUGUUUAUCCCAUAUGACUCCGCCAAGCUUUGCAUAACUCAAAUAACAAACGAUAUGAUUGCCAUGAAGAGCAGGCAUCAGGAGAUGAUUCAAGAACUGGAGGAGAACUUUCUCACUGCAUCACGUGUUAAUCAGGAUAAAACAGCUCAUAAAAUGAAGACGUUUUACCAAAAUAAACUCAGUACUCUGAAGAGAGUCCUAGACAUUUACCAGGAAAAGGUGGCCAGAAAAAACGCAUUCUGGGAAGAGAAAGUCAGGACUCUGGAAGAUCUGAAUGAAAGACUUCAGAUGCAACAUACAAUGCUUCAGGAAAGGAACCAAAAUGACUUGGCUUCAUGGGAUAAAGAAAAGAACAAGAUGAUGGAAUUGUUCUCCUCUCGUUUGGAUCUCCUUCACAAUCACCAGGCAUCAACACUGCAGGAGCUGCAUUUGGCCAGGGCAGAGAUGGGGAAGGUCCAGGAGAUGCUUGAGAUCUUGCAGGAGAAGAACGAAUCAGAAAAUGCAUCUGAAGAACAGAUGAGGACCGAGUCAAAUGGCCCACUAGAUGGAGCUCAAGCUCGUCUGGAGAUUUUGAAGGAUAACCUGCAGAAGAGGGAGCGAGAGAUUUCGAUGCUCAUGGAAGGACAAGAGCGUGUGGCAGAUCCUGUUGAACAGUCAGCAUAUGCUCAACUCCUCAGUACUGUCAUCCAACAGGCUCAUCAGGUUUACGCUGAGCUGACAGAGGCUAAGCAGCAGUUUGACCAAAUGGCAGAAGACAACAAGAAAAUUCUGGCCGAGAUUAAAGAAAGCCUUGACCAAACAGUAGUAGAGUCCAACCAGAAGAAUCAUGAGGACCAAGAGACAGAGCCACAAAUCAAUGAUGGAUCCCAGGCCAGUUUGCUCAAUCAUGAGGUCAGACAGCUAGCUUUGGAGUGCAUCAGAUCAGGGGCUAAGCCUACUGUCAUUGAAACUGAUGCAAAUGAGGCAUGGACAGCAGAGAUGGAUGAAGCAGUCAAAAAAUUUGAGGAAGAAUUCCGUAAGAAUGGAUUCCUAAGUUCUGAUAAAAGUGUUGGGCAGCAGCUGUUAUUACUGCAGGCUGAGUUGAAGCAAAUAAAAGAUGAAAACAAAAAGAUUAUUGAAAACUACACAGCUGAAAGGACCCUGAGGAAGAAGUACUACAACAUGGUGGAGGACAUGAAAGGCAAAGUAUACCACAUCCUUACACUUUGAGCAAAGACAGAAAUGAGUUUAUGUAACAACUGCUGCCAGACACAACAUGAACUGGAAUAGCCCUUUUUUGGGUAUGUAUAAUUUAUUUUGAGGCUUUGAGCCAAAUAUCUCCAAGACCCUUGAUUGGUUUCCCAGAAAUUCUUGUUAACUAUUUUGAUAAUUUCUAUUCGUAUCCAACAGUAAUACAAAUGAGUGCCAAAAAGACUGAAAACUACAGGCAUUUUUGCCCAUGUAGGGUUUUGAAUUAUUUGCAAGGCCUUCUCUGUGCACUAAGACUGCAUUUAUUUGAU